AGUUGUUACAUGAAAUCUGCAGUUUCAUAAUUUCCGCGGGUCGGGCCGGGCCGGCCAGGCGCGGGGCACGGCGAUGGCCACCACCGGGGCUCUGGGCAACUACUACGUGGACUCGUUCCUGCUGGGCGCCGACGCCGCCGACGAGCUGGGCGCGGGCCGCUUUGCGCCGGGGGCCCUGGGCCAGACCCCCCGGCAGGCGGCAGCGCUGGCCGAGCACCCCGAAUUCAGCCCGUGCAGCUUCCAGUCCAAGGCGGCGGUGUUCGGCGCCUCGUGGAACCCGGUGCACGCGGCGGGCGCCAACAGCGUGCCCGCCGCCGUGUAUCACCACCACCACCACCACCACCCAUACGUGCACCCCCAGGCGCCCGUGGCGGCGGCGGCGCCGGACGGCAGGUACAUGCGCUCCUGGCUGGAGCCCACGCCCGGCGCGCUCUCCUUCGCGGGCUUGUCCUCCAGCCGGCCUUACGGCAUUAAACCUGAACCGCUCUCGGCCAGAAGGGGUGACUGUCCCACGCUUGACACUCACACUUUGUCCCUGACUGACUAUGCUUGUGGUUCUCCUCCAGUUGAUAGAGAAAAACAGCCCAGCGAAGGCGCCUUCUCCGAAAACAAUGCUGAGAAUGAGAGCGGCGGAGACAAGCCCCCCAUCGAUCCCAAUAACCCGGCGGCCAACUGGCUUCACGCGCGCUCCACGCGGAAGAAGCGCUGCCCCUAUACCAAACACCAGACGCUGGAACUGGAGAAGGAGUUUCUUUUCAACAUGUACCUCACCAGGGACCGAAGGUACGAGGUGGCCCGGCUGCUCAACCUUACGGAGAGGCAGGUCAAGAUCUGGUUCCAGAAUCGCAGGAUGAAAAUGAAGAAAAUCAACAAGGACCGCGCGAAAGACGAAUGAUGCCACUGGGGUUCGUUUAGAAAAGGGAGCGAGCUGGCGAAAGAGGAAGAACUGCCUGACCCCUUCCCCGUCUCCCACCCCCGCCCAGCCUCCACCACCCGGCGCAAAGCGGCUCGAAACGCCGGGCCUCAUCUACCCGGUGGCAAACCCUGCUCAGGCUGGCUCCUUGGCCUGCUGCUUUGAUGGAGGAGGUAUUGUAAGCUUUCCGUUUUCUGUAAGACGACAAAAGGGGGCUUUGGCGCUGAUGGCUGUGUGCGCUAAGCGUGUAUAUAUUAAAAAAAAAAAAAAAUCUACCUGUACCUGACUUAAAAGAAAAAUAACUACCUUUUUAUAAUGCACAACUGUUAACGGCGGCCUGUCUAGUUUUUAGUCUGUGUAGUUAAUUUAAUUGCUCUUUGUGCGGCGGAGCGAUCUGCUGAGAUACUUGAACACUGUUUUAUUGUGGUAAUUAUGUUUUGUGACUCAAACUUCUGUGCUGUAUGACGUACCCUUACCGUUGUGAUUGUGGAAGCUAGAAUUCAAUUUGAACUCAGGUUGUUUAUGAGGGGAAAAAAACGGUUGCAUAGAGUAUAGCUCUGUAGUAGAAUACGUCUUCUGUAUAACUUGGCUGUUAACCUUUGAUUGUAAACUAGCUGUAAGAAUUUACCAGUGAAAUAAAAAAAAAUUUUUAAGAAAAGAUUCUCCAGGAUGCAUAGGUUCAUGAUUCUCUCCAUUGAAAUGCAGGCAUUUUGGUCUCCACAUAUUCUAAUGUUGUGUCUUAUCUGUUGUAUAUAUAACCUACAUAUUAAAGAAAAAGUACACAAUCAGAUAUGCUUGAAUAUUGUUUUUACACCAGACGAACAAUGAAAUUCGGAGCUAUACAUAUGUGCAGAAGGUUACUACCUAUGGUUUACGUUUAACUUUAAUGGUGGAAAAUGAAUGCUUAUUGUAAUGGAGUUAAUUUUAUUGAUAAUAAAUUAUACACUAUGAAACCACCAUUGGGCUACUGUAGAUUUGUAUCCUUGAUGAAUCGGGGGUUUCCAUCAGGCUGAACAUACACUGUAUAUGUUGCAAUAGUUACCUCAAAGCCUACGGACCAAAUUGUUGUUUUGAGAUGAUAUUUAACUUUUUGCCAAAUAAAAUAUAUUGAUUCUUUUCUA